GCCACCGCCGCGCCGCACCCGGACUCCUUCUGCAGCGGCAUCCAGCUGGCCCUCCGCGUCGGCCUCUGCUUCUCCUUGGUGCCCGCCCACACGGAGGCCGCGGCCCCGUUGCCGAGGUUUCGAUGGAGGUCCUUCCGCACGGCGUACGCGCUGUUCAUCAUCCUGGCCCUCGCCGCCCGCAUGGCCAUCAGCGGCCUCAGCCAGGACGGCUACCUCUCCCUCAUAGGCGACCUGGCCGCGCACGGCGUGGCCAUCUCCAUCGCCGUCACGUACCUGCGGCUGGCCCGGCGGUGGUCGUCCUUCGCGACGGUCUUCGAGCGCGCCGAGAAGGUGCGCGCCGUGGGCGACCGCUACCCGCCACUCCUGGGCCGCGACAUGAAGCGCCUCACCGUGGCCCUGUUCUGCCUCAUGAUAGUGGACUACACGUUUGACAGAGUCAGCCUUUUCUCACAGACACUCGCAAGCUAUCCUUCCGUUCAAGAUCUCUUUGAAGACUCUCUAGCUAAGCCGCCAUUGUCGGAGGUCGUUAGCACCGUGUUUUUCCAAGCCACAGCCACUCUCUUGGCCUUCCUGUACGUCUUCAACGACCUGUUCAUCAUGUUGGUGAGCCUGUACGUGUCCAGGCGCGUUCAGAACCUCAACAGCCACUUGCACCCCAGCCUCACCAAGGAGAAGAGCAACGUGUUCUGGGAGGAGGCUCGCCGGUCCUACGACGAGCUGAGCAAGCUCAUCAAGGAGAUCGACGCCUUCGUCAACACCAACGUGUUCCUCUCCUUCACGCAGAACCUGUUCUUCAUUUGCUUCCAACUCUACUACUUUCUGAGCCUGUCGCAGGACAGCUUCAUGCGCAAACUCUUCCGCAUCUACUCCUUCGCGUACAUCAUCGGCCGCACGUACGCAGUGGCGCUGCUGGCGGCGCGCAUCAACGACCACAGCAAGGUGUCCAGGACGCUGCUCUUCUCGGUGUCCUCCAGGUCCUACUGCCGCCAGGUGCAGCGCUUCAUCCAGCAGGCCACCCUGGAGGAGAUGGCGCUCAGCGGCUGCCACCUCUUCCGCGUCACGCGCUCCUUCAUCCUCACCGUGGCGGGGACCAUCGCGACGUACGAAGUGGUCCUGCUGCAAAUGCAGAAAUAGGGCGACGUCGGCGUCCUCGGCGCGUCCACGGCGUCCUCGGUGCGUCCGCGGUCCAGCCGGCCCGGCUGCGUGCGCCCUACUUAUUGCUGGCCUGCUGGCCCGCGCCUUGAACUCUGCCCUUUGGAAGCCUGCGGGGCUGCGGGGCUGCGAACGCAUAGUCGACGCACACCAUUUUUUCCAGCUGGCCUAAUGACCAUUAGUGCCCUUGACAAGCGGGGCGACAGUGGGGCGAAAAUUAGCCUGUCGAUGCCAGAAAACCAACAACGCACGACGAGCGUGCGCUUAGGUGGGAGUACAGACAGCGCAGUCCGUGUCAACAAAGAACAAAGGAUAAUGACGCGGCAUCAAUCACCAAUCUCCGGCAGUUGUGUUUUCCGCAGUGAUUUUCUCCCCAGCCGGCCGGGCCCCCCUCCACGACUCCCCGCCCAACUCCUGGUUGUCUGGCGCCCUGGCUGACAGGUUUGGCCAGUGCGCCCCGACGUGCAAUUUGUUAUGGGGGAAGUAGCGACACCUUUGCACGUGGCGCCAGCGCUCCCAGCGCCCCGCGCGCCCCGC